GAAAUGGCACAGAAAGGAGUUCAGCUGGACCAGGAAACCUUCUCUUGCUCCAUCUGUCUGGAUCUACUGAAGGAUCCGGUGACUACUCCCUGUGGACACAGCUACUGCAUAAACUGUAUUAAAAGCCACUGGGAUGUAGAGGAUGGUAAGUACAGUUACAGCUGCCCUCAGUGCAGGAAGAAGUUCACACCGAGGCCUGUCCUGCUGAAAAACACCAUGUUAGCAGAUUUAGUGGAGGAGCUGAAGAAGACUGGACUCCAAGCUGCUCCUGCUGAUCACUGCUAUGCUGGAGCUGAAGAUGUGGCCUGUGAUGUCUGCACUGGGAGAAAACUCAAAGCACACAAGUCUUGUCUCUUCUGUCUGGCUUCUUACUGUGAGAAACACCUUCAGCCUCAUUUUGAAUCUGAGACAUUCAAGAAACACAAGCUGGUGGAGCCGUCCAAGAAGCUCCAGGAGAACGUCUGCUCUCGUCAUGAUGAGGUGAUGAAGAUUUUCUGCUGUACUGAUCAGCAGCUUAUCUGUUAUCUCUGCUCUGUGGAGGAACAUAAAGGCCACGACACAGUCUCAGCUGCAGCAGAGAGAGCUGAGAGGCAGAGAGAGCUCGAGGGGAGUCGACAAACCAUCCAGCAGAGAAUCCAGGACAGAGAGAAAGAUGUGAAGUUGCUUCAACAGCAGGCGGAGGCCAUUAAUCCCUCUGCUGAUAAAGCAGUGGAGGACAGCGAGAAGAUCUUCACUGAGCUGAUCCGUCUCCUGGAGAAAAGAAGCUCUGAUGUGAAGCAGCAGGUCAGAUCCCAGCAGAAAAGUGAAGUGAGUCGAGUCAAAGAGCUUCAGGAGAAGCUGGAGCAGGAGAUCACUGAGCUGAAGAGGAAAGACGCUGAGCUGAAGAAGCUCUCACACACAGAGGAUCACAACCAGUUUCUACACAACUAUCUCUCAUUGUCACCACUCAGCCAAUCAACAUCCAGCAUCCAUAUCACUCCUCUAAGCUGCUUUGAGGACGUGACAGCGGCCGUGUCAGAAGUCAGAGAUAAACUUCAGGAUGUCCUGAGAGAGAAGUGGACAAACGUCUCACUGACAGGGACUGAAUUGGACGUUUUAUUGCCACAACCAGAGCCCAAGACCAGAGCUGAAUUCUUAAAAUAUUCACGUGACCUCACGCUGGAUCCAAACACAGCAAACACACGGCUGUUAUUAUCUGAGGGGAACAGGAAAGCAACAUUGAGUCAAAAACAGUGUUAUUCUAGUCACCCAAACGGAUUCACUGACUGGUGGCAGGUCCUGAGUAGAGAGAGUCUGACUGGACGUUGUUACUGGGAGGUGGAGAGGAGAGGGAGAGGAGGAGUUGAUGUAGCAGUCGCAUACAAGAAUAUCAGCAGAGCAGGGGGGUUUGAUGAAUGUGGAUUUGGAAGAAAUGACAAAUCUUGGGCAUUAGAUUGUAUCAACAACAGUUAUAUAUUUUGGUCCAACAAAGUCCAAACUCCCGUCUCAGGUCCAUGGUCCUCCAGAGUAGGAGUGUACCUGGAUCACAGUGCAGGUGUUCUGUCCUUCUACAGCGUCUCUGAAACCAUGACUCUCCUCCACAGAGUCCAGACCACAUUCACUCAGCCGCUCUAUGCUGGACUAAGGUUUAAUGUAUGGGUUUAUGGUUAUGGAGACUCUGCUGAGUUGUGUAAACUGAAAUAGAAGUAAUUUAAGGGUUAAAUUCUGUGUUUUAACUUGAUGUUGCUUUUAUCAAUGUUUUUUGUCAAUUUUUCGACAUUUCGUCUUUUCAAGUGUUGGGAUGUUUUUGGCGCUUUUUUAAACGUUUUUUUUCGCUUGUGUCGACAUUUUAUUUGUAAAGAAAUGUAGAUUUACAUUUAUUUGUUUGGUGGACCACUUGUUAUCAUAAUCAUAAUCAAUAACUCAUUCUUCUCUUUUACAUAGCUGAGAUUCUGGUUCAAACUAAGUGACAUUGUUGAUGAAGUGAAUCUGUUGAUGAAAUCAAUGAACAAGAGUCUUUGAACAGACUUUACUGAUGGGAUGUGUGAACAAACUGAGGCUUUACAUGAUGAAUAAACUAAUAUGAACAAAGUA